UCGUGAAGGCUGUUGCUCCUUCUAGUCAAUUAUUCUCUUUCUUUUCAUAGCCACUUAUACUUCCAUAGAGCACCCUAAACCUUAUGUUAGACAUCCCAUCCACUUUUGUAUUUGGAAAAGCCAACAGCAGUGUUGUAUUGUCCGAUGGAGAUCACGCCGUUCGUUGUUGGAAUGUUCAGCGUUUGGCGCAGUUCGUAUCCGCUCAGCGCUAUCAUGGAUGCUUCAGUCCACGGAAGCAGCUGAGAGCGAGGAUUUGAUAACGAGUCGGGAAGUGAACAUUUCCAAUGUGGUCAUCUGGAACAGCCAUAAUGCAGAGGCAUGUUAUCACACAUUUCUUGGAAUUCAAAGUACUGUCUGUUCCAGUGACAUAAUAAGAAGUGAUGAAGCUCCGCAAACGUGCACACCUCCAAAAUUAAUCAAAACCAAUGAGUAGCUUGUCUUUUCUAUGUGUCAGUGUGACUGUUGGCUGUGAUUUCAGCCCUCCUUGCCCUGUAGUUAGACGAGGAGGGCAAUGAGGAUGACUAGUUCGGACAAAAUGGAAAAGGCGAGCUCUGGAUUCUCUACAUUGACGCCAGCAACGCAACAAAGCACCUCCACCCCUAACCCUACAGUACCACCUCCACCAACGAUGACUCCCCAUCCCCAGUUUGCUGAAGAGGUACAGCCAUAUGGUGUCCAACACCAAAUUAUGGGCCCUCUGCAGCAACAAAAUCGUGCUCACUCCAGGUCCAUGUCGUCUCUACCUCAAGAGUCGUUCAUGAUUAUCCGGAGCAAAGCGCUCAAUCGCAGAGUCAUUAUCAAUGUGGGAGGAGUAAAACAUGAGGUUCUUUGGCGAACUUUAGAACACUUACCUCAUACCAGACUUGGGAAAUUGAAGGAAAGCAACACCCAUGAAGCUAUUAUGGAAUUGUGUGAUGAUUAUAGUUUGGUUGACAACGAAUAUUUUUUUGACCGUCAUCCUCGUUCUUUUAGCGCUGUAAUUAAUUUUUAUCGCACUGGUAAACUUCAUUUGGUGGAGGAAAUGUGCGUAUUGGCGUUCAGUGACGAUUUGGUAUAUUGGGGAAUCGAUGAAUUAUAUCUGGAAUCGUGUUGUCAGCACAAGUACCAUCAGAAGAAGGAACACGUUUAUGAAGAAAUGAGGAAAGAAGCAGAAUCAUUGAGACAAAGGGAAGAAGAAGACUUUGGAGUUGGACGGUGUGCACCCUACAGAAAAUGCCUUUGGGAUUUAUUAGAAAAACCAACAUCUUCAUUGGCCGCCAGAGUUGUAGCAGUUCUCUCCAUUCUAUUCAUUGUAUUAUCGACAAUCGGACUUACUUUAGGCACCUUACCGGCUCUACAAGAAAAAGACAAAGACGGACAUGUAGAGGACAACCACAAACUUGCUGUAGUUGAAGCAGUUUGUAUUACAUGGUUCACACUUGAAUAUGUCUUACGUUUCCUGUCAUCUCCAAAUAAAUGGAAGUUCUUCAAAGGAGGCCUUAAUAUCAUCGACCUCUUAGCAAUUUUGCCCUAUUUUGUGGCAUUUCUUAUUGAAUCAAACAAGCAGACAGAUCAGUUUCAGGAUGUGAGGAGGGUGGUGCAGAUAUUCAGAAUCAUGCGGAUACUCCGCAUACUGAAGUUAGCAAGGCAUUCCACCGGCCUUCAAAGUUUGGGUUUUACACUAAAGAACAGCUAUAAAGAGCUGGGCUUGCUGAUGCUUUUCCUAGCCAUUGGAGUCAUGAUUUUUUCAAGUCUUGCAUAUUUUGCUGAGAAAGACGAGAAGGAGACUAAGUUUACCAGCAUUCCUGAAACAUUUUGGUGGGCAAGUAUCACAAUGACAACAGUCGGCUACGGUGAUAUUUACCCUACCACUCCUCUAGGGAAACUAGUUGGUAGCAUCUGCUGCGUCUGCGGUGUGCUGGUCAUUGCUCUGCCCAUUCCAAUCAUUGUCAACAAUUUUGCAGAAUUUUAUCAGAAUCAGAUGCGGCGUGAUAAAGCCCUUAAGAGGAAAGAAGCUCUUGACCGUGCACGCAAAGAAGGCAGCAUUGUGUCUUUCCAUCGAGUUAAUCUACGAGAUGCAUUUGCUAAGAGCAUGGAUUUCAUAGAUGUUCUGGUUGACAGUGGCCAUAAUGAGAGUCAGAUUGAUACCACCAGUAUAGGGGAUGACUCUGCACGUAUUCACACAGGUGCAGGAUGUUACAAAAACUUUGAUCACUCCUUGGAUGGAAGUAUGGGAAAUGUUCAAAGAAAAAACUCUCAGGCCCAAUCCUUACCCUUGGGAGUUAUGAUAACUAAUCCUAAUAAUCUCGUCGAUGUACAGAGCCAACCAAAUGAAAGCAGAUUAUCAAAUGCCAAUUUGAAUCAUUUGAAUAAUUCGAAUAUACCACCGAGCUAUCAAGAAGGAUUUGUCUCAUCGGAUGUAAAAGACUUUAUUUAUCAAGAACCUUCAACUAAUUGCGAUCUGAUGAGUAAUAUAGAGCUUAAAACUAUUAACAAAUGGGAUGUUAAUAGUAUGGAAAGUUAUGAUACAUAUGCAACUUGCAAUUCGCAGCCCAGUGCCUCCCUUGCUGAUUUGUCUGCUGAAGAUCCCUUCUCUUCAAGACCUCCUCCUACUCCACCCACCCAAAAUAUAAACUCCAGCAACUUAUACAUAAAUCCUAUGGAAGAAACCACCCAAACUACUCGAGAAGCAUCUGGUGAAAGCAAUACUGUUCAACAUUUUUAUUUCCCACAACACUCUCCAAUUGGUAAAACAUACAGCUCAUCCUCAACAGAUAGUGGCAGCUGCUAUGAAGAACCAUCUGGAAGAACACCAGAAGGCUAUUCUUCACUUCCUACAUCGCCUGACCCCAGGCAAGAGAGUUAUUCUUUAACACCUGCUCUUACUACCAAAAAACCAUGGUACUUUCAAGUUCGAAAACCUAAAACUCGCUUUGACACACCUGAUGCAUCACAGUAUAGCUUGCAGUCAUCUUUGGACUCUGUGACAAGCAAUACUAGCUCAAGGCAGGGCAGUGGUACUUCUUUAGGAAAAUCUAAAUUUGGUCUCAAACCAUCUUUUUCUUUUCGAGGGAAAAAAAAUGGAAACAAAAGUCCACUGCUUGGUGGGUCAUUGGAAAGAGGUUCUUCAAUGAAAAAAUUUAACAGCUCAGACACUGCAAAAAAACGUUCUAUUUUGAAAAAAGACAGCCUCUAUAAGGAAGAAACUGAGAAACUGAUAUCAGACAAUUACCAUAAGAGCACAACUGAAGGCUCUGAUGUCACAGGAAGUGCUUUUAUUCCAAUUUCAAAAUUCAAUAUUCAUGAUACAUUUUCAUCAUCUGGUCCUUCUUCCAAAGCACAUAAACCUAUUGGUCCAAAAUCAAGUUCUAAAUCUCACGCACAACCUAUUAAAUUUGUGAGUUUGGAUGAUGAGACUGAAUCUCUUGCCUCUGGAAGAGGUUCUCCAUCACUGAGCGUAUCUCAUGCUCCAGAUUCUUCCAUGUUCAGUGCCACUACACAAAGACAUCCUCCUCUAAGCCCAUCCCAAUCAAAAACUUUACAGUUUCCUAAUACCCCUCGCCUGCCUGAUGGAGCUCUAGACAGAAGGCAUACUUUCCAAGAUGGUGAUCUUUUCACCCAGGAUGUGGCUCCUGUCGACAGCUCCACGACUUCUGGAUCUCCUGCACAUAGUGGUGGUCACAGAAUACAUCGUGUUCCUUCAUAUUGCGCCAAUACAUCAACUUAUGGUCCUCCCCGUGUAGCUCCACCUCCUACCUCUGCUACAGCAAGUACUUCUGCACCACCUGCCCAGCCUUCCAAGAGUGAGCUUGAAAAUUCUGUUGUGGGAUUGCCUUUGCUCCUAGCCACAGUGCCAAUUGUUAGUCCUAUAACCUCUACCACUCAUAAUCCAUCCCAAUCUAGCACUGAUGACAAAACAGCUCUGCAGCCAGAUGCAGUGGUUGAAUCCCGCCGUCCUCCUCUGUUGCCUCAACCAUCUCAACAAUCGACGACAGAUGAUGAUUCUGUUUUUGGGCAUGAAUAUCAAAGCAUGAUGAGCAGGCAGUCUUCGAAAGAAAGUUCAACCUUGACUUAAAAGAAAUGAGUAUGAUGGAUCUCUUAUGAAAUCAUUUCAAAAUUGUCUGCAAAAUGCUAGUCACUUUACUAAUUUAUUUAUUUAAUUUUUAUACAACUAUUUUUUACAUGUCUUUAUUAUAAACAUUGCAUGCUAUCAGCAUGUAAUGUGAAUCUCAUUUGUAAUGUGAUCUGUUUUUAAAGAAUUUUUUUACAGCGUUAUAUAUAAUGAAUUAUUUUAUACAUCUGUUCCAUUGUUGAU